AUGAUGAGAGCUAUAGCUGCUUUAAGUCUUUUGAGUAUCGCUGGAAUUGGUGCGGAUCCUGUUGGAGUAUGCCCAAGUACUAAUGGUGCUUACGUAGACUUCCUUGUCGAUGAUAAAGACUGCAAUAAAUUCUAUAAAUGUGACUGGGGGAAACCUGUACUAUACACCUGCCCCUCUGAUUUACAUUUUAACUCUAAAUUAAACGUCUGUGAUUGGCCAGAAAACGCGGAAUGUAGUGGAUCAGCUGGACCUACUACUGGGACGUCAAUUCCAACUACACAACCUGAUUCAACCCCUAAUUCUGGAAGCUGCGAAUCCGUAACGUGUCCGUAUACACCUGGAAAAUACCCAGUUUUCCACGCUCACCCUGAAGAUUGUGGAAGAUAUUGUAAAUGCGAUAACUACGGUACUGUUCAUGACAUGCCAUGCCCAGCUGGAUUAUAUUUUAAUACUGAAUUAAAUGUCUGCGAUUGGCCAGAAAAUGUUGGAUGCAAUGGAGGCCCGAUUACCACUCCAAAACCAACUACCACUGAUGAAACAACUACCACUGAAAAAACAACUCCAGCUCCACCAAUGCCUACAACCCAAACAACCACUAUAACCACUCCUAAACCUGGAGAUUGUGCAUCAGUGACUUGUCCUUACACUCCUGGACAAUAUCCAGUUUUCCACGCACAUCCUAAAGAUUGUGGAAGAUAUUGUAAAUGCGAUAACUACGGUACUGUCCAUGACAUGCCAUGCCCAGCUGGAUUACAUUUCAAUACCGACUUAAAUGUUUGCGAUUGGCCAGAAAAUGCUGGAUGUAAUGGAGGUUCGACUACCACUCCAAAAACAACUACCACUGAAAAAACAACUCCAGCUCCACCAACGCCUACAACCCAAACACCCACUAUAACCACUCCUAAACCUGGAGAUUGUGCAUCAGUGAGUUGUCCUUACACUCCUGGUCCAUACCCAGUAUUCCACGCACAUUCUAAAGAUUGUGGAAGAUAUUGUAAAUGCGAUAACUACGGUACUGUUCAUGACAUGCCAUGCCCAACUGGAUUACAUUUUAACACCGAAUUAAACGUCUGUGAUUGGCCUGAAGAUGCUGGUUGCAAUGGAGCCCCACUUCCAACAACCACGCAAAAACCGGAUCCAACUACCGAUGACGUAUUACCCGAUGAUACCACUACAACUUCCACUCAAACACCAGUAACAUCUCCAGUUCCUGGUGAUGAUUGCUCUAGCGUCGUAUGCCCAUCUCAAAAUGGUGAUUUCCCCGUCUUCCAUUCCCAUCCUAAGGUUUGUGAUAGAUAUUGUAAAUGUGAUUGGGGAGUAGCGUAUGAUAUGCCAUGUCCUGAUGGUUUACAUUUCAACCCCGUUUUGAAUGUUUGUGAUUAUCCUGUUGAUGCCAAAUGUCCACAUGCAUAA